AUAAAGUGAAUGGGCGCUGGCGGGGGGUGGCAGUCCGCGGCGAGGCUUUCUCUCUCCCAGCGAGUCCGGGAGCGCCGGAGCGGAGCGGCGGCCCGGGGCUCAGGGGGGCGGCCCCCACCCCGGCCGGGUGCCCGGCCUCUGGCCCCUGCUUGCCCUCCAGACUGCGGCCGCCGCCGCCGCUGCCGGGAGUCUGCCUGCUGCGGGACUCACUCUAGGAGAGGGCCCUGAUUUCUUUGGAUCCAUACAAUGACCGCCCACUCUGACUCCAACUCUUUAACCAGAACCCAGUUAAGCUGAAGGGAACAAAGUAGAGGGAACUCUCCUGAUCUAUAGUUCUCGAGCCCCCAAUGGAGUUCGGCCUGCUGAGCGAGGCAGAGGCCCGGAGCCCGACCCUCUCGCUGUCAGAUGCGGGCACUCCCCACCCCCCACUCCCUGAACACGGCUGCAAGGGCCAAGAGCACAGCGAUUCGGAGAAGGCCUCGGUUUCGCUACCCGGCGGCUCCCCCGAAGACGGCUCGCUGAAGAAAAAGCAGCGGCGGCAGCGCACGCACUUCACCAGCCAGCAGUUGCAGGAGUUGGAGGCGACCUUUCAGAGGAACCGCUACCCCGACAUGAGUACGCGCGAAGAGAUCGCCGUGUGGACCAACCUCACCGAGGCCCGCGUGCGGGUGUGGUUCAAGAACCGGCGCGCCAAGUGGAGAAAGCGCGAGCGCAGCCAGCAGGCGGAGUUGUGCAAGGGCGGCUUCGCGGCGCCGCUCGGGGGGCUGGUGCCGCCCUACGAGGAGGUGUACCCCGGCUACUCGUACGGCAACUGGCCACCCAAGGCCCUCGGCCCGCCGCUCGCCGCCAAGACCUUCCCGUUCGCCUUCAACUCGGUCAACGUGGGGCCUCUGGCUUCGCAGCCCGUCUUCUCGCCACCCAGCUCCAUUUCCGCCUCCAUUGUGCCCUCGGGCGCGACCGCCCCAGGCACCGUGCCUGGGCCCGGGGCCUUGCAGGGCCUAGGCGGGGGGCCCCCCGGGCUGGCUCCGGCCGCGGUGUCCUCGGGGGCCGUGUCCUGCCCUUACGCCUCGGCCGCAGCCGCAGCAGCCGCCGCGGCCUCCUCCCCCUACGUAUAUCGGGACCCGUGUAACUCGAGUUUGGCCAGCCUGAGGCUCAAGGCCAAACAGCACGCCUCUUUCAGCUAUCCCACCGUGCCGGGGCCGCCGCCGGCCGCCAACCUCAGUCCGUGCCAGUACGCCGUGGAACGGCCCGUCUGAAGGGCGCUGCCCGCCGAUCAUCCCUGAGGGUGGGGCGGUAAUUCACGGCCUCGACGGACUGGGGUCGUUUUGACUGGCUUGCCCCCGCCCUCAGGGUCUGAGAGGAGAGCUGGGCAGUCGGGGUUGGGGAGGCGGCAGGUUCAGGAGAGAGCCUUCCCCCACCCCCAGGCCUGAGGGGUGGACUGGGCCCUUAGUCCGAGACCCUGGGACUAAGGCCAGGAAUAGGGACCAGUUCCCCGGGGGCCAAUUCACCUUUGGCCCACCUCGCCUUCUCCAGACUCCCUCUCCCUGGUUUUCAAAGAUAAAUGAAAUAAACGUGCGCGGACUAUCAGAGGCCUGGUGAUUCAGAGUUUCGGUUGAGCUCCCUCCCCUCAUCCUUCCCUAUUUUUAAAGGAGAGCUGGGUUUACAGGAAAGAUGUGCGGGUCCAGGCUUCAAGAGCUUCAGUCCUCAACCCCUCAACCCCAGAAUGGAGAAGCCUGGGGAUUCCCGGAGCCAAGCGGCGCACGAAGCGUGCGUGUCUGUGUAGGGGGGGGUGGUGUAUGGCUUGGACAAAGCUGGUACUGCAGCGCCGCCUCGUGGUCUCAAGGAGGAUAACUGGAAGGUCAGCUUUGAAGUCAAGUGUCAAUUCUGCAAUUUAGGAAGCCAACGACUUUAGAAAUUUACUCCACCUUUGCGCAUCUGUUUCUCACUGUUCCUAUGAGGGGCUUUUGCCUCUAGCAGCAAUAAAAUUCUGGUCUGUAACAGACAUUUAUUAAGUGCCUA